GUCACCAUAUCGCGACUGCGGUGGGGCGGGGCCCUUAUUUCCCUUGGAAGAGUUACCUCUAGACUUUUGGCCCCCGCAGGCUUUGGCUGACAGCGCAGGAAGCCGGACAAGUCCGGCUGCAGCGACUAGACUUCGAUGCUGGGCUCUAGUAGAAGGAGGUUGUUCUCAGCUCUGCUGCAGGUUCAGAAGAAGCCCUGGCAACCCUCCAGAAACAUGAGACUGGUACAGUUCCAGGCACCUCACCUGGAAGAGCCUCACCUGGGCCUGGAGUCAGGGAUUGGUGGGGGAGUUGUAGACUUAAACGCUUUUGACCCGACACUCCCCAAGACAAUGGUGCAGUUCCUGGAGCAGGGAGAGACUACCCUUUCAGUAGCAAGAAGAGCCCUAGCUACCCAGCUGCCAGUCAUCCCUCGGUCACAGGUAACCUUCUUGGCUCCUGUCACCCGGCCAGACAAGGUGAUAUGUGUAGGCUUGAAUUAUGCAGACCACUGCCAAGAACAGAAUGUGCGGGUGCCCAAGAACCCCAUCAUCUUCAGCAAGUUCUCCAGCUCUAUUGUGGGGCCUUAUGAUGAGAUCAUCCUCCCAGCAGAGAGUAAGGAAGUUGACUGGGAGGUGGAGAUGGCUGUGGUCAUUGGAAAGAAGGGCAAACACAUCAAGGCCACAGAUGUCAUGGCUCACGUGGCUGGCUUCACUGUGGCUCAUGAUGUGAGUGCUCGGGACUGGCAAAUGAGAAAUGGAAAGCAGUGGUUACUGGGAAAAACUUUUGAUACUUUCUGCCCCCUGGGCCCUGCCUUGGUUACCAAGGAUACCAUAACAGAUCCACACAAUUUAAAGAUUUGCUGUCGAGUGAAUGGGGAGGUAGUCCAGAGCAGCAACACCAACCAGAUGGUGUUCAAGACUGAAGAUCUGAUAGCCUGGGUCUCCCAGUUUGUCACUCUUUACCCAGGGGACCUCCUCUUGACUGGGACACCUCCAGGUGUUGGCAUGUUUAGGAAGCCUCCUGUCUUCCUCAAGAAGGGUGAUGAAGUCCAGUGUGAGAUUGAAGAACUUGGUGUCAUCCUCAACAAGGUGGUGUGAUGGGUGUCCCUGUAAGCACUGGACUUGAUAUGAGGCAGGACUUCUGCUCCCACCCAGCUAACUGCUGGCCCUGCCCACUUGAGGCUGCUCUUAGGUAGGCCUUGGAAAUAAAUUUUCUCUCAAAGUUGCA